UUGUUAUACGGUUACAUCAAUCGAGUUCUUCAUGCUGUUUUUUCGUUUAGACUUUUUAAAUCCAUCCUUGCUAACGUGUCUUACUUUAAAACUUCUGCUUUUGAGCUAAAUUUGGAUUUACGGUGUUUUAAACAUGGAUUGUCGGACUGUCUUGUGGCUUGUUUGUGAUAUCAUAAUGAAGCAUAUGAAACGAUACAUAAUAAUGACAAUCAAGUAUAUUUCUCAGCUAAAAGUCCGUCAUGUCACUAAAAACAAUGCCAGUGCUGUUUUUCAACUUGGGGGGAGAGAUGUUGUACAUUCUAGACCAGAGAUUACAAGCUCAGAAGAUUUCCAGUGAGAAAUGCUCGAAAGUAAUCAACGACAUUAUAAGGACCAUGAUCGCUAGUUCUUUUGUUGAGGAACUCUUUAAACAUCAGGUGAUAUACAGCCGAAGAGCAAUGCGAGCAGUAUUCGACAGAUUAGCACACUCCUCAAUAAUGCGGCUUAACGCCAACAGUAUGGACAAGCUAUUCGACCUCAUGACCAUGGCUGUCAAAUACCAGGUAUCAUUGUGCCAAAGACCACAAGAGAUAUUGUUUGCGACAUUUAACCACUUGGACGCCCUGAUAAAGUACUCCGCAAACGACCCAGAACUGAACGCCAGAACGGUGGCCCUGUUCAAACAGUUUGUUGCUCAGUACUCACAACUCACACCCGGACAGUUCCAACUCCUCAGAGCAACUCUUCUAUCUUAUUUCCAGGAUCAACAUGUGAGAGUGUCUAUAUUUCUUAAAGAUGGCCUACAGAACGAUAAAGGACGAUUUGUGCUGCCUCUUGUUGGGACCGUACCACUGGGUAUCGAGGUACCAGGAGCAAUUAGAAUACACAGGGACCCCGCGAGUACAGUUAACUUCAAAUGUUUGGGAACGUACCAGUCUUUCAACAAGAUACCCUCGUUAGAGGUAGCAGGAAUCAGGGCAACUAAACUGGGACUCAAUAUCUACUCAACCAGCACUUCCAGUUCUAAUAAUAAACAGCAGAAUGACAAAGCUGAGAUAGUACCCCCUGUUGAUAGUAAGGAAGGAGUGGAAGGUAAAGGGGAACUCUCCCUGCUUGCUAAUCUACUCGGAACCACCUCGCCCCCCGCUAGUGGAACAUUAAAGAUAGACCUGUUUAACGACCAUUAUUUGGACAUGGAGCCGGCUAAAGACGCCUCCUCAGCGCCCCUUACUAAGUCUGAAAGUGGGGGUAUUAGGAUUGAUGUGAAGAGGGGGGAUAGGAGCACGCUGCUCAACAUCGCCAACGAUUUCGGUGAAAUGAGCGUGAAUAACGAAGACAAUGUCAGUAAAGGAGAAGACUUGCUCUCUCUAAUGGACACUCUUGAUUCUGACUAGAAAUACGGUGUUAACUUUAGGGAACUUAAGAGUGAACUUCAGUUUGAGUUACGAUUUCAUUUAUGUGAAGAUCGUGAAGAGUCAGUCUCUGAAAAUUCUAGAUCCAAUUUUGUUUACUAGACUGCGACAAUUUUGUUUACAGAGUUACACUUUAACUGGAGUGAACUGCAAAAUUUGGAAGAAAGUCAUCAUUAUAAUAAUAUGCCAACGAUUGGAACGAUUUCGGCGUUUUUUCAUACGCUACAAAGAAAAGAUGUUAUGAAGGGUUGAUUAAAUUAUUUUUCUUUUUCGAUGAACAUGAAUGGUC